GGACCAAUUCCCUAAACCGUACGAAGCACCAUGUCUUCCAUCGCCACGCUCAGCGCGCGCGCCAUCGCGCGCACGACCGCCUUCAAGACGUCCAAGUCGCGCGCGAACGCGCGCCGCCCCGCGAGACACAUCGCGCGCGCGUCCGCGGACGUGGACGAAGCGCUCGCCAAGGCGCAGUGCCCGAUCGCGGACGUCAAAGACACCAUCGGACGCGGUUUCGUCAUCGUCGACAUUCGCUCGCCCGAGGAGUGGCAAGAGGGGAGCAAGUCGACGUGGAAGAAGAUUUGCCUGGCGGUGUUCGACGAAGAGACGGGCGAAGUCGAGAUGAACCCGUACUUCAUGGGCCAGAUCAGAGACGAGUUCCCGAACACGCUGAGCCGAAUUUUGUUGGUGUGCGAUGACGGCACGGAGCGAAGCGAGAUCGCGUGGCGAGGGAUCACGAAGGCUGGGUACACCCAGUGCAAGAUUAUUCAAGGCGGCUCCGAGGCGUACUUCAAGGAAUUCCCGCUCACGGCUGCGGAUAAGCGCGUUUGGAAGUUGGCGGACCAACCCGGUGAGGAUUUGUCCCAGCUUGUGUCGGGGGUGUCCAUGAACAUGGAUCACAUUUUCGAGAGCGAACGUCGAUUUUAAACGAUGAUUCAGCCGCCGCGAGCGAAGUGACGCGACGUGCUCCACGCCGACGCUCAAAGUCGCGUGGAUGCUAAGCUGCUAACAACAUCUUAUACGACUACUUACUCUAAAUCUACCAUGACGAUGAUGUGUUGUAAUUUCUCAGACAUUUUCAGACGCU